AUGACCGCGCGGUUGCCGUCGGGACAAUUGAGAACAGAAAGCGCAAAAUUGAAGAAAAAUUUGGAGAUAUUUUUCAUCCUCGAGCCCCAAGACGCUGGACUGCGGCGGGAUCCGAUGGACCAAGUCAACCACUCGUUACAUAAGCAGAUAUAUUGGCACUCUGGGCCUCAGGGCCUCUGCAGCUUGCAGUCAAAGAAGGCAGAGCGAGGACAGAAUCAUCAUCAUCAGAAUGCUGCUUGCUCGCCGCCGAGUUCCUCAUCUCGAGAUGCCCAUCGGCUGUGUGUGCAGUGCACUGUGUGGUGUCGUGGGCCGUGGCGAGUGUCGCGGCUACCCACACAUAACAUCACCUUGCACCGGGCAGGACUGCGUACGCUGUACACUAUACACACAACCACUUUCCAGCCACGCAAGGAGGUUUUGUCCCGGCCCUGGUCCUAUGCGGGAGCACCUCUUGGUCGGGAAACGACUGGCUCGGCCGUUCAGGAGGAUUUCCGUUUGGUUGAUGUGCAAUAUUGGAACCAGGGAGGCUGUUGGGUUGGGGUCGGCCGCAACGAAUGA